AUGAACCCGAACAUGUUCACGCCGGAAAUGAUGAGCCAAGCGCAAAAGAUGAUGGAAAACAUGACGCCGCAACAGAUGCAACAGAUGCAACAGAUGGCGAGCAAGAUGGGCGGCGGAGUUGGCGGAGGACUCGGCGGGAUGCCAAACAUCCCACCGGGCGCGAUGGACGCGAUGAAGAACAUGACCCCGGAACAGAUGAAACAAGCCGCGGAACAGAUGAAGAACAUGACCCCGGAACAGAUGAAACAACAGAUGGAAUUCGCUUCGAAACAGGCUCAGGCGGAGCAAAAGUAUAAACACGAAGGUUCGAAUCGGUUGAAAAAAGCCGGGAACGCGCUCGUCGGGGAAGGGAAGUACGCGGACGCCAUCGAGAAGUACGAACGGGUGAGAGAGAAUAUGAAAGCGUACAGAGAUCCGGAGGCGCAAACGUUGAAGAAAUCGUGCUUGUUGAACAGCGCGUUGUGCAUGAAUAAAGUCGGGAGGCACGAAGAAGCCAUCGAGAGGUGCGAGGAGGUGUUGAAGAUUGAAAAUACGAGUUUGAAGGCGUAUUAUAGACGAGGCCAAGGGUAUUUUCAGUUGAAGAACUUAGAGCUGGCGUGGAAGGAUUUAAAGAGGGCGGUGAAGUUAUCGCCGGAGGAUGAGAUUGUUCGAGGGGAGUUGGAGAAGUGCGAGGAGGAGAUGGAAAAAGCCGGAAUGGUGGUGGAGAUUAAGUGCCCUGAAUUUGACACGUUCGAGAAAGACGAAGGAGAAGAAGGAGAAGGCUUGGUAGAUGGCGCCUUCGAGGAUGUCGGAGAGGAGCGAGCGUCGAGUGGGACGGCGGCGGCGACUUCCGCAAACGCGGGCUUUCCUCCUCAAAUGCCGCCGGGAGGCAUGUCGCCGGAAAUGAUGCAACAAGCCGCGGAAAUGAUGAAGAACAUGUCGCCAGAAACGAUGGAAGCGAUGAUGUCCGUGGCUGCGGACAUGCAAGGAGGUGGUAUGGGUCCAGAUGGCAUGCCUACCGCCGAUACGAUGAAGAAAAUGCAAGAGAAAAUGGGCGACCCGAAAAUGCAAAAAGCUGUGGCGGAGAUGAUGAAGAACGUAAACCCGGAGCAAAUCAAGCAAAUGAGUACGGCGGCCGGGAUGCCUAUGAGCGACAAACAGGCGGAACAAGCCGCGCAGCAGCUCAAGAACGUGAAACCGGAGACUAUGCAAAAGUUUAUGAAAGUUGCCGCGUUUGGAACGAAAUUCUACGGACGAUUCAAGACGCAAAUCGAUUGGAUGAACCGGAAUCGAAAGUUGACGUUGACGAUUGCCGUCGUCGUGUUCGCGGCGUUCCUACAGCAAGUUAUUCGAUGGUGGCGACGACCAAAGAGUGCAAUGAAAGAAGCCAUGACUGGCGAAAAAGUGACCGCGGAUGAGGAGGCGUUCGAAGACGCGCAGGCGACGUGGUGA